UAUUGAAAAUGGGCCGCCACAAACCCGACCCGGCCAACCCGUUGAUUCACAGACGCGCCACAUAACCCCCACCCCUCCCCCCUUUCAUCUGUGACCGGACGCAUAUCUCUUUUCCUUCUUCCACAUCGCCGCCGUCUGAAUCUCCCCUCAGCUACUACGCAUCCAUUUCACUGCUCAAUCUUUCGGUUCUUCCGGAAAAAACCGAUUAAAACGCACCUCCGAUCGUAUUCCGGCCGUGCCGACCUUCGAUACCGUACCCGGUCAACCGUCUGGUUUUGCUCUAGCCGCGAAUUCAGUCGCCCGCAAUGGAGAAGGUGGAGCCGGUCGUUGGUGUCUCUAUGGAAGAGGGAAAAUCAGAGAUAUCUAGCGAUAAUGGAACAGCUGCGGAGCCUUCUUCCUUAGAUCAGAAAGAUGUUGAAGAGAAACUUGAUGUUUUGACUGUGGAGGAGGCAACAGGUAAGGUCUCCCAUCAAACUGAGCUUGUCUACUCUCAAAAUAUUGAGAAAAGGAAAUUACAAUUUCUUGAAACCACUCAGCAAGCGCACUUUGUAUAGACAUUUUGCAUUUGGUUUGAGUGUCGGGACAAUCAUUCUUUCCAUCUCAUCCAAUAUUUUUAUUUAUUUUUCAUAAAAGUUUAAAUUUAGACUUGUGAAACACCAAUAUUUCAGAUGUUUCGUGGACAUGAGUUUUUACUGGAUAAGUGAUUGUUAAGCUCUAUUGUUGCGUGAAGUUUAAAUUGACCUUAGGUUUUUUCCCUUCAUUGUUUCACUGCAUUGUGAUAAAGAAACAUAUGGCAAGAUAACAUGCAUGUAGAGACAAAGGCUUGUUUUGGAACAACAUUUUUAAUUAGCUUUAGCUUUUUGGAUAAUUUUUUAAUAGUGUUGAUUAAUUUUGAAAACGCUAAAGGAUAAAAUUGUUGCCAAACGGGCCCAAAGUUGAAAGCAUCUGACUGGAGGGGAAUUUACCUAAAUAGGACUACAACAUAAUAACUUUCUCAAAAUAAG